UUUCAGGGACCAUACUUAUUCUCACAAUGUCAAGCCAUUCAUGCUCGUUCAAUUAUGCCUUGUAUGGAUACACCAUCAGUUAAGUCAUCAUACCGUGCGGAGGUUGCUGUACCUUGCAGCUUAGUGUGCCUAAUGAGUGCUAUUGGUAAAGGAAAGAAACAAUCCGGAGACACUACAACUUACACCUUUGAGCAACCUGUUGCCAUUCCAUCGUAUUUGUUGGCUAUCGUCGUUGGACAUAUCGAAAGGAGGGAAAUCAGCCCAAGAUGUGAUGUAUGGUGUGAACCUUCAAUAGCUGAUGCAGCAAAAUGGGAAUUCGAGUCGACGGAGAAGUUCUUACAAACUGCAGAACAAUUAGCAGGUCCCUAUCGAUGGGGAAGGUAUGAUCUCGUUGUAUUACCACCUACGUUCCCUUUUGGUGGGAUGGAGAAUCCAUGUCUAACAUUUGUUACGCCAACCUUACUGGCUGGUGACAGGUCUCAGGUCGGAGUUAUCGCGCAUGAAAUAGCACACAGUUGGACGGGAAAUCUGGUUACAAAUGCCAGCUGGGAACAUUUCUGGCUAAACGAGGGGUUCACGGUUUUCUUGGAAAGGAAGAUUAAAGGACGUCUCGAUGGUGAACUAGCAAGGCAGUUCAAGAGUGAAUGCGGGUAUGAUGAAGGUUUGACGGAUGCCGUAAAGAGAUUUGGCGAAACGCACGAGUUCACGAAAUUGAUUCCAAAAUUGGACGGCGUUGAUCCAGAUGAUGUGUUCAGUCCAGUUCCUUACGAAAAGGGUUCCGCACUGCUGUUAACGAUCGAGCAACUCCUGGGCGAUCCACCUAGAUUCGAAGAGUUCCUUAGAACCUACAUUAACAAGCAACUACCGAUGGACAUUGGGCUUGCCAACUCAAUUUUCAUCCUCGUUGGUGCCCACCCCCCUAUCUUUUUCCUCGAAGGCGAGGAGAGAUAUGCCUUCAAGAGUAUCAUAACCGACACUUGGAAAAAUGAACUCUAUGCGUUCUUCUCCGAUAAGAAAUCGUUACUCGAUUCUAUAGACUGGGAUCGAUGGCUGCAUGCACCAGGGAUGCCUCCCAAGCCAAAGUACGACUCCAGUCUGAUGGAUGCUUGUCGUGUUCUGGCAGCUGACUGGACAUCAGCUGCUGUCAACAUUGCCCCAGCCACAGCAGCUAAUUUCGAUCAUAUGUUACCAGGUCAGAAGGUUGAAACACUGAAUAAAAUUCGAAGCAGUGGCAAGUUCAGUCCCGAAAAGAUGCCAUUGUUAACAUCACGCUACAAACUUGAAGAAGUAAAGAAUGCUGAAGUGAAAUUCAGCUGGUUAAUGCUGGGAUUGGAGACGAAAUGGCAGCCAAUCAUCCCAAAUGCACUCGCAUUUGUACUAUCAGUGGGCCGUCUAAAGUAUUGCAGACCAAUUUAUAAGUCAUUAUUCAACUGGCCGGCCGCUCGGCCAUCAGCAGUUCAACAGUUCGAAAGCAACCGCAAAAAACCGUAUCGUGUAGCUCUUGUUCAUGACACCCUGUAUGUAAUGCGUAGUCCAGUUGGUCGGCUGUCCAUGGCCACGAGUAGUUGCAACCAAUUCACCUUCGCCAGAAUGUGUUACUGUCACAUGCGACCGCGACGGGACCCGUGCUCGGCAGCAAACAAUCACGAUAUUAUUGUCACUCAUACAGCCAUCAAAUGGGACGUCACAUUUCAACUUCGAAUGCUCAUCGGUCAGGCAACGCUCGAGUGCACGAUGAUCCGGAAAACCGACAAACUACUCCUUGAUGUACGCGACUUAUCGAUUCGUUCGGUGACUGUGGAUGGGAAAGUCGUGGAUUUCCGAAUUGCUCCCAAUGCCUACACUUUCUUCGGUUCAAAAAUGACCGUCUAUCUACCGAAAGAUGUACAGGAGGACGGUGGUCGACUUAGUGUGGUGAUUCUGUACAGUACAUCCCCAGACGCCACAGCUCUUCAAUGGAUGAAAAAAGAACAAACAGCUGACAAAAAGGCUCCUUACUUAUUCUCUCAAUGUCAAGCCAUCCAUGCCCGUUCGAUUGUUCCUUGUAUGGACACACCCUCUGUAAAAUCCACCUACGAAGCUCAGGUGACUGUACCUGCUGGUCUCACAUGUCUGAUGAGCGCCAUUGGAGAGGGAUCCAAGGGUGACGACGAGUUUACCACAUUCUUCUUCAAACAACCAGUUGCCAUUCCAUCCUAUCUCAUUGCGAUUGUGGUUGGAGCGCUGGAAAAACGGGACAUCAAAAAAAUGCGAUUCGCCCUACAACCCCAAUUUUUUAGAGUUGCUGUUUGGGCGGAACCAUCCGUAGUAGACAAAGCGCACUGGGAAUUUUCAGAAACUGAAGAUAUCCUUACUUGUGCGGAGGAAAUUGCUGGCAAGUACAUUUGGGGAAGGUACGACAUGGUGUGCUUGCCGCCAUCAUUUCCGUUCGGCGGUAUGGAAAACCCGUGUCUCACAUUUCUUACACCAACGCUUAUUGCCGGUGAUCGUUCUUUGGUCAGCGUGAUUGCUCAUGAAAUAGCACACAGUUGGUCGGGAAAUUUGGUGACAAACAGCAGUUGGGAGCAUUUCUGGCUGAACGAGGGUUUCACAAUGUUCAUCGAACGAAAGAUUUGCGGUCGACUGGUCAGCGAAGACUAUCGACAGUUUAUGUCAUUCAAUGGCUGGACAAAUAAUCUCAUACCAGCUGUCUACGAGCAGUUUACUCCAACCCACCAGUUCACCAAACUCAUCCAAGAUCACACAAACGUCGACCCUGAUGUUGCAUUCUCAUGUGUCCCUUACGAGAAAGGAUCCGCUUUGCUGUUCUACUUGGAACAAAAACUUGGUGGAUCGGAAAUUUUCGAAGCAUACCUACGGGACUACCUGACCACAUUCGCCCAUAAGGCCAUCGAUAGUCAUCAAUGGAAGAAACAUCUCUACGAGUAUUUCCAAGACAAGAGAGACAUUUUGAACACUGUCGACUUCGACGCAUGGUUCCACGCAGUCGGUAUGCCACCAGAAAAACCUGAGUAAGUUUGAUUCCCCACUACGAUUUUCAAUGGAAGUCGAAGGCGGGGGUCAUGCCGAAAAUGGGAGUGAUUAACGCUCAAAACUUCAUUUUUUAAUCUUAUCUACCUUCAUUUAUUCACGAUUUCUAUACUUCGCUCGAGACAUUCUUUCCCAGAAAGUCGUCCUCCGCCAGAUAAAACUGCUUUUUACAGCUAUGGACAAGCAAUGGUCAUCGCCUGUGAGGCGCUAUUCAAGCAAUGGAUCGAAGCGGACGAGGUCGAAGUCAAGAACAUCAACACCGACUCCUUCAAAGCCAUGCAACCCUUACAGCAAAUCGAAUUCAUUAGUCAGCUGUGGCAGCAUGAUCCUCCCCUGGAACAUUGGAAAUUGACUGCGCUGGACAAUGCAUAUGGCCUCAACGAUUCGGAGAACAGUGAAAUCGUCUUCAAGUGA